AUGGGUUCUGAAGCAAAGCCCCUCCGAGUGCUCAUCAUUGGCUCCGGAUCUGCGGGUCUACUCUUUGGUCAAGUCCUCAAGCAGGUCGGAAUCCCCUGCACCGUCUUCGAGCAGGAUGCAAACCUGCAGCAACGCCCAAGGGACUGGAACUUUGGCAUUUAUUGGGCACAAUCUCGACUUGAUGAGUGCCUCACCGAAGAGCUCCGGAGUCUCGUUCCGACUGUGCAGACAGACCCUAGCUACAAACCGUCCGAAACGAGUGUUAUGCCAGUCCACCAUGGACAGACGGUAACUUUCGAGGAUGGAACAACAGAAACGGGUAACCUUCUCAUCGGCGCAGAAGGAGCUCAUUCGAUUACUCGAGAGUUCUUGCUUGGCCCAGAAGAGGCAGCACUCCUUCAAUCUCCAUGCGUCGCCAGUGUCACUAUUACGAAGCUCGGCCGUGAUGCAGCCAUUGCUUUACGUGCACUCCACCCUCGAUAUACCAUAUCCUUCCACCCAGACGGCACUUUCACUUGGAUGAGUAUUCACGACUGUACUGCAGAAGACCCAGGGGAAUGGACUUGGAUGCUGAUGCAGACCUGGCGGUCCGAUGAGCCGACUGGCUUAGCAGGCGAUAACGUACUGCCGGCCAUGUACGAGCGCGGCAAAAACUUCGGUUUUCCGUUCAACGAGGUCUUCAGGACGAUUCCAGAGGGAACAAAGGUGUGGCACAACAGGCUGGCCUACUGGCCAACAAAGCCUUGGGAUUCUAAGGGUGGGUUGGUCACACUAGCCGGUGAUGCCGCACAUCCAAUGACCUUUCAUCGUGGCCAAGGCCUCAACAAUGCUAUUACCGACGCAGCAGAUUUCCUAGUCCAUCUCCGCGAGAUGAAGGAACAUACACCCGAGGAGUUAGCUGCUGCCGUCAAGCGCUACGAAGUUGAGCUCUGGCCUCGAGGACAUGAGGCUGUACUACAAUCGCAUGAGAAUACCAAUGCAGUGCACGAUUGGAAAACCAUGAUGCAAUCAGAUUUGUUUACUGGCGGAUUAGCCAAGUUGUCUAAGGAAGAACAGGCUGCCAAGGAUGAAGAGGAAGCCGAGGUUACGAAGCAGGCGACGAACGGCGGCAAAGAGACAUAA